ACUUUCACAACCAUCUUCUCUCUCGUUCAUUCCAAGUGUUCAAUCUCUCUGUCUCUCUGUCUCGUGUGAUCAAUUAGAAGCAGUCAGUAAUCAAGAUGAGUGGAGGGCCGAGCAAAAGGAGGAGAAGAACCGACCAUUCCGUCGUGAAAAUCUGGGAAAGGGAGUUGGGUCAGCUGCCCAACCGCAGUUUCUCCAACCGUUUCUCAGCCUCUGAGCAUCUAUUGAACCGUCUUGGUCUCCACAAGAAGCUAGAAAAGCAUACGGGCUGUGUCAACACGGUAAGCUUCAAUGCUGGUGGAGAUAUCCUUGUUUCCGGCUCUGAUGAUAGACAAGUUAUACUCUGGGAUUGGGACACUGCUACUGUCAAGCUGUCUUUCGAUUCUGGACACUGCAACAAUGUUUUCCAAGAAUUCAUGCCUUUCUCUGACGAUCGCAGCAUUGUCACGUCUGCUGCUGAUGGACAGGUUAGGUAUUCGAAAAUUCUAGAGUCGGGAAAAGUAGAGACUUGUCUGUUGGGUAUACAUCAAGGACAGGUCCACAAAUUGGCUAUUGAGCCUGGUAGUCCUUUCUCAUUCUACACUUGUGGUGAGGAUGGUGCUGUAAAGCAUUUUGAUCUUAGGACUCGGGUGGCUACAAAUCUUUUCACUUGUAAAGAAGCAAAGUUCAAUUUAAUUGUCUACUUGAAUGCAAUUGCAGUUGAUCCGAGGAACCCUGGUCUUCUUGCCGUGGGUGGAAUGGAUGAGUAUGCUCGUGUCUAUGACAUUCGCAGAUACCGUUCCGAGAGUUGGUGUAAUUAUACCGAACCCGUUGACCACUUUUCUCCUGCCCAUUUGAUUGGAAACCAUCAUGUGGGAAUAACAGGCCUGGCUUACUCAGAUCAAAGUGAGCUCCUUGUUUCGUAUAUGGACGAGUUCAUCUAUCUUUUCAGCCCUGAUAUGGGGAUGGGCCCGAAUCCCCCCUCUUCAUCUGAGACUGACAGUGAGACUGAGGUGACGAGGACGACUGAGAGUGAGACUGAGGUGAGGAGGACGACGCAGCCGCAGGUUUAUAAAGAGCACAGUAACCGGGAAACAGUCAAGGGUGUGGGCUUUUUUGGACCAAAGUGUGAGUACGUGGUUAGUGGUUCUGACUGCGGCAGAAUAUUUGUUUGGAGGAAGAAAGACGGAGAGCUUCUACGUGCCAUGGAAGCAGAUAAACAUGUUGUCAACUGUGUGGAGUCUCAUCCUCACAUGCCACUCAUUUCUAGUAGUGGGAUCGAGACUGACAUCAAAAUUUGGACUCCUGGAGGAACUGAGGAACUCGGUUCGCCUCGAACUGCAGAACAGGCUUCGGUUUCUGGUAACUCUCGUUGGUUCAUGUUUUAUGAUGAAGAGGGAGAUAAUCAUGGACCCGUGUAUUAUGUGGAUGAUGAUGAUGACGAGGAGGAAGAUGAAAAUGAUUCUGAUGAUGACAGUUCAGAGGAUGAUGAAAGUGCGGAAGAGGAGGGGGAUAGUGAUGUCGACAUUAGGAAGGAUAAUGAUGAGAAUGAUGGUGGUAAGAAUGAUGAUGAUGAUGAUGAUGUGGAGGACCGGGGAUGAUUACUUGUCUGGACUACAUACAUGUAAACACAGGAUUAACACAGCAAAUCACCAGAGAAAAAGAGGGUUUAUAAUAUAGUUUAGGACUUUAGGUAGAGAUUGGUGGAUGUUUCUCCACAAUUGUCUUGUAAUAGGCUUUGACAGGAAAAGAAGUGAAUGAAAACAUUGGUUUUUA